UCUGGACCGUGUUUGCGUCCUCCUCAUUUUGUCCGAAGGUCUAUCUCUCCGCUUCCGCCUUGUCUUCUGCGGGGGUAUAUAUAUUUGCUAUCAUGACCUUCAAUUCCCCACAACCAACAUACUAUCCCUUCCACACUCUUCACUUCCCACUGCGCAAGCAAUUCCCACUAUCCCCACUUCCACAGCUCCUCCCAGGGUAAUCGCAGAAUGAGUCAGUCUUUUCAGACUAGUCUGUACUCCAUCUGGGCCGCCGUGCACUCUCCCUCCGGCCUGCCCUUCCCCACCACUGUUGCCCGCCUCACCUCUCUCGGUAUCACGCGCUAUCGAGUUGACUAUGUGGCGCGCACGAUAACGGCCUACCGUCCCUCUCCCGUACAGCCCACCAGCGAUCCGCCCACGUCCUCUUCUGCGGCCGCUCUUCCUUCCUUCGCUGCAGACACGGCUCCCUUUCCAACGGCUCACCUCUACGCACUCGGAUCUUGGGAUAAAGAAGGAGUCGUGAAGGCGAUUCGUCGAGCGCAGGCGGGCGAGGGGAAUUACAUCGAGUUCAGCGAAGCCGUUGUGGCGGCUGGGGUCACGGAUUAUACGUGCUAUAUUGAGGGGAAGAACGUUGUGUAUGCUGGGGAGAAGGGGGAGAUGCAUGUUGAGUGGUUUCCUGGGGCUGGGCCGGGGAAGGAUGAGUGAAGGGAUAGGCGGAAUCGUGUCACAUUCUGUUGAAACUUGAACGAGCCUGAAGGCGGAUUACCACGCUCGCCUUUCUAAUAGCUUAGAGACGUACAUGGAUGUAUAAAUGGGAUAUGCGAAGCAUAAAGGUGCUUCGAAGAUCGGAUUGGGAACCCGAGCAA